GUCGAGGAAACUUCUGUGUGGGUGUGGGUGAGUUUUCAGCUCUCAACACACUUCAUAGGUUUUGCUGGCUGGUCUCCAGCAACCUCCUGUCUGACGACGACAAGUACGACUUGACGUACUUGAGGGAGUGGCGCAUUUACUACGGCCACAGCGUCCACUCCUACGACCACACCUCGGGCUCUUCCUUGGUGAGCAAGGUGUGCAAAGGACGGCCCUUCGAACGGGAGUGGUGGAACAACGCUCUUCUCAGCGAGGUCGAUGCCUACUUGCAGCCGGUGUUUCCAGGUUCCUAUCAGCUGCCAGUGGGCGUGGUACUCACCAGCAUGGCCAUCAUCAUCUGGUUCUGCUUCAUCCUCGUCGAGUUGGACACCGUCGUCGGCUUCACACAUGCCAUCCUCCAACUUCCGCGCACCGGCACCACGAAAGUUGAGUUUACAGAGUUUGGUCGCCGGAUGUUUGUUAGCAUCAGCUACAAGCGGCUGAUAGUUUUGUGCUUCGUCUCCUUCAUGCGUGCCUUCAUCGCCGUGGCGCUAGGCGUCUCAGCCGGCUUGUGGCUGGCACGGACCAGGGACGUGAUGAACAUCCUGCGAGACGGGGUUUCGCUCAUCUUCAUCCUAGAGAUCGAUGACUUGAUCUACAAGGUGCUGGUGCCGUCCCAUGCGAAGAAGUACAUGGCUUCGAUACAGAAGUUCCUGGUGAAGGAGGAUCAGCAGAUGUACAUCUUCAACCUCUCAAGCCUCCUAAAGCUGGUGGUGCUGACUGCAGUGAUUCUAAUCCUCAUCACCACCACCUUGCUGCCGAACACGAGACAAGCAGAGAGUGUGCGAGAGAUGAUCUGUGGUGGAAACCGCGACUUCGUUUAUGGCUCCCACCCCACGAUCGGUCCGAUCUUUGUGACCGACACCACAGAGUACGACUUGAAGAAUGCGGAGAACAUGUUACCAGGCAUUGCAAACUUGGUGGAGGACGUCGUCUUCAACUACGACCCCAAUGAGGUGAAGGACUUUAUGUGGCGCAGCUCGCUGCCCCGUGGCGAAGUGGCGGUGAAGCACCUCCCCACUGUCACUGAAAUGCAGGUGUGGCUGGACAUGCCGGAGAGCCAGGCGACUGAGGAGACGGAUUUUGGCAGCCGAAGUUAUGGAACUUUCUGUGAGGACAGGUCGCGAGACUUUUGGGAAGGUGACUGGCUGUGGCCCACCAUCGAGACCCUGACCGGGGCGACCGACUGUGCCAGUGCCAAGCCUUUCUGUGAACGCCGGGACUUGCCUCUGGUUCGCAUGACCUGCCCGCAGACGUGCGGCUGCGUGGAUCCUUUGGCCGGGCUCUACGUGGACAACGGCUGUCGGCAGCUCUGCAUCGAAACGGACGCCUUCCAAGCGGCGCUGGGAGACGCGGUUUGCCAGGACCUUGCGCAGGAGGAGCAUGAGCUGGCCUGGCAUAGGUGGUGGGCCGGUUUCUACUCCAACGAGCGCGGCGUCUGGAGCGAGGAGAACGAAAUGAUGACCUUCGCCCGGGAGGGCGCGGUCGGGAACUGCAGCUUCCUUCUGUCCCAG